UAAAUCUUCACAGCAAAGAUACAUAUCGAUAGAGAGAGAGAAAGCUUAUAGAAAGAGUAGAUUUCAGCCAUGGCACAAGAGUACCUGAAGGAGUAUAUCCGCUUAACGAGAAAUGAAAAUCUUGAAGAACCACCUUCAGUCAACUAUUAUCAAAAUCCAAAUCAAUAUCGCCUUAAUGUUCCCCCCAAGAUCACCUAUGAACCUCAUUUGGUGAAGGCUAAAACUCAUCGUUUCCAGACUACUCAUGAACAACCACCACCACCACCCAACAUCAAUACUGGUGUGGUCGCCCCCGCUGUCACCAGACCAUAUAAGCCAUCGCCAUCGCCAUCGCUGGUGGUUAACGGUUAUGAAUAUCAGAAUGACACUAUCUAUGAUCAGGAACCACCUGAACAGAGCUCAACGGUAUACGGGCGUAGUCAUGGUAACAUAAAUAGUCGCAACCGGCAUCAGUCAGCAGCUGCAACCUCAUCUACCCAAAAAAAUUCAGGCCGUAAAGGCACUCCUCUUUACGGGCAAAGCUACAACUCUGCCACUAGCAGCAACAGCAUCAAAACGGAUAACAAAAACAAAUUUCGACCUUUUGUCCGCGAAUCAUUAUAUGGUUAAGAUACGAUUCCACAAUAAAUAAAGUGAAAUAUCUCCAGGUAUAUAGUAAGAGAGGAAAAAGGAACAGAGUCAUGUUUUUUUCUCCAACCCACGUAGACUGCACUUGGAUGGAGCUGAGUUAGACCAUUAAUCCACCAUUGGCUGAUCAAAUUGACUUGUUUUGGGUGACUUUGCAUGAGAUUGGACAUCUUCUUGGACUUGUUCAUAGUUUGGAUCCGAAUGCUUUAAUGUAUGCCCAGGUUACGCAUGGAGCUACCUGGAGAGCUUUGACUAAUGAUCUUACUGGCAUAGAAGUUUUGUAUUCCACCCGGUAAUUAGAAAAGCGAAGUCGGAUUUUAAAUAAGAACACAUUUACUAUGUUAAAAAUGGGAAUAUAGUGUUAUCUUUUAUUUA